AUUUGUGACCAUUGGAUCAGUAAUAUAUCUAAUGGUCAUGGAUAUUCAACAAAUAAUUAACCUAUUCAGCAGGUAAGGUAACCUGUUAAAAAAAAAAAAAAAAAAAACCCCAAACGUACGGUUCGCUCUCUCAGUUCGCUCUCUCCUCACUUCGCCGUCGGUCUCAGUUCAUCACCGUGCCUCCGGCGUCGGGCCUCGGUGCGCGGCGCUCCUCCACUCCACUGCUCCUCCAGUCUUCCAGCCCACGGGUUCUCCACGUAAGCUCUCUCAGUUCGCUCUCUCAAUCUCAGUCUCACCCUCAUAGCCUCACUUCGCCGUCGGUCUCAGUUCAUCACCGUGACUCCGGCGUCGGGCCUCGGUGCGCGGCGCUCCUCCACUCCACUGCUCCUCCAGUCUUCCAGCCCACGGGUUCUCCACAUGUCAAGUCAGGAUGCAUUAGAUGAACCUCAACCUGAGAUUUCAGACACUAAUUUGCAAGAGUCUGAAAGUGGCAUCAAUCAGUUGGAAUAUAAUGGUAUUAGAUACGAUAAGUUGGCUCCAGAAGACAUUAUAGGCGUGAAGUUUGUAACUGUUGAGGCAGCAGAGACUUUUUACUAUGCUUAUGCGAAAGCAAUGGGUUUUGAUGUUAGAAAGGAUGACAAGAGAACAAGUGCAAGGACUGGGAGAGUCACUAUCCGCAAAUGGGUUUGUUCUGCAGAGGGGGAAAGACUAGAGAAAUAUAUGGACAACAAUAAUAAUGUCCGUAUGCCAAAGAAAUUGACAAGGUGUCACUGCCCAUGUUUGUUCAAGGUAAGGUACUUCAAGGAGAAGAACUCGUAUGUCGUAGUUGAUUUCAAAACAGAUCAUUCACAUGAUCUUGCACAGCCACAGGAGUCUCAUUUUCUUAGGUCACAUCGGUCUGUCCCAGAUUCUCAUUUAGCUUUAGCCACAUCUAUGCGGAGAGUAUCCAUUAAGACUUGUCAUGCAUAUCAAUACAUGGCUGACAUAUCUGGAGGGUUUGCGAAUGUUGGUUUCAAAAUGAAAGACUUGUACAAUAAAUUGGACUCGAGUCAACGUGAAAUUGUACUUGAAGGGGAUGCAAAAGCUACACUUGCCUAUCUUGAAGGAAAAGCAGCUGAAGAUAAGAAAUUAUUUUGCAAGUACAGCACAGAUGAGAGUAACAGGUUGGCCAACUUAUUUUGGAGAGACUCAACUUCAUUGCUAGAUUAUUAGUCCAAAGAAUCUUCGACGCACUGUUGAAAGAAAGCCUGGCCAUCAAAUCUCAAGUCCAUUUGUGCAUUUAGGGAAGUUGGAAGUGAUGGGGAAUAAAAUAGAUCUUUUAACUGCAAAACUUAUGGAGGAUAAGCCAAGAAAGCUGCAAGAUAUUGGUCCUUUCACAGGGUGUCGUGAUCUUUAUGAUGACGACGUAUAUUUGAUUGCGUUUGUAUUUCUGGAAAAGGAAGAUCUAGAUUUCAGAAUUUUUCAAACUGAUUAUGAACAUCUUGACCGUUUGGCAAUGAAAUGCCUAGAGCCGGGGGGACUUGUUACCUCCCAGAUUAUAAAUGCAGCAGUUAGUCUUCUCAGGGAUCCAGAGUCAUCUACUUGGUAUUACACUACAUGCUUUUCGGAUAGAGCAAUUAACGCUGCCAAGAAAGGAGGUAAUGAUUUGUUAGAAUUUGCUGCCACGGCACCAAAGAGAUUUGCCUCUAUAUUACAAUAUCGAAAAGGCCUUAAGAAUGGAGAAAAGAUAUUUAUCCCUAUCCUGGAUCCAGAUACUACCCCAAACCACUGGUUCUUCAUUGUGAUUAAAUUAGCGAGAACGGAUGUAGAGAUAUGGGACACUUACCCGAACCCUGCACGCACUAUGGCUCGAAAUGAUCUUGUUUAUUAUGUGCUUUUGGCAUUGGACACAAUAUUUGACACUGAAAUCCAAAGCUGUUUCAAGAAAGGAUGGUCGUUAUGUUCAUUCACAGUUUUCAAUGUAGAUGACAUUCACAUUCAACAAAACAACUUCGAUUGUGGCAUUUUCAUGCUCAGAUACAUAAUAAACUAUGAUAAUCCAUUGAAAGAUGAGUUAGAUUCCGUAAAUCGUCGUGUGCAACUUGCCCUUUGGAUGUUGAAGCACCCAAAGAACCAAGCAUGGGUGAAAAUUAAUGAGGCUUUAGAUAAUGAAAACAAAAAUGAUGGUGCCAAGAACAAGAUCAAGACAAUAGAAGCAAUUGAUGAAGCUACUGGAAAUAGUGUUGAUCAACAUCAUGGCAAGAGUUGUUCAAAAGUCGUGCAGAGAAAAACCUCAACACUACAAGCAAGGGGUCGUGGUCGCCCUCGUGGUGCAAAGAAUAAAAACUCUCGAAAAUAAAUCAAAACAUGAACAAUUUGUUUUAACAGAAUCUUUAUGAGAUUGUCAAAUGUUUGUUUCUUUUCACAAUCAACUUUAGGAUAAAACCCAAAUCGGAACAUUCUACCUAAAUCAUGAGUGCAAAUCUCUAAGUU